GGUGAGACGGUUUACAGCUACUUAUUAGAAAUUCUGCACAUUAUUGGAAUGAAUGUCUGAAACAGUCAUUGCUGUUAUUUCUUGUAAUAUACCCCUAAUAAAUACCCGUGCAGAGAGCUGGAUCCUGUCUCCCCCGCUUCAUCCUUAGAUUUCAAUUUCAGUGCAAUCAAGCUACAGGUUCCACCAAUUGAUAUUUUAAUUUUUGGUUAGGUUAGCAAUUUGAACUGCUGUUUGUGCUGGUCUUUGCUUCUUCCUUGGUCUUCUGGCCUUAGUAAGCAAGGUCACCAUGAAGACUGAUGGAUAUGUUGAUAGAAGUCUAGAUGACUUCAUCAAGGCGAACCGCGGGAUGUUUCGGCGCGGCCGCGGCGGUGGCGGAGCCGGACGUGGAUCAACUUCGACCAGAGGUGGCCGGGGCCGCGGUCGGGGUCAGAGCCGCGGCCGGGGCGCCUCCCGCGGCCGCUCGACAUCGCGCGGCGCCUCGCGCGGCUCGACUCGCGGCGGCCGCGGCAGCUGGCGCGAGGCGUCGCGGGACGGCCGGGCGGCGAGCACGCAGCGCGGGCGGGGGCGCGGCCGCGGCGCCGGCCGCGGUCAGCGCGGCGCCGCGCGCUCCACCAGCCGUGCCUCCUUCGGCCAGAAGUGGCGGGCGGCCAGCGCGCGCAUGGGCAGUCAUCUGGAGUCGGCCAAACCAACCGCCUCACCGCUCAAACGCAAACAGCUUCCGAAGACUGCAGCGCACGACGGACUGGGCCUUCCCUUGAAAAUACCGGCCACACUUCCGCGCGUGCACCGUAACCUAAUCCGGACCACUUUUGAUGCCCUACAGCUGGCUGUGAAAGCUGUGCGAGGCUCCAAGCUCGCCGGAAGGCUGGGCACUCCUGCUAAGGGCGCUAAGCGGCUGACGACGCUAGCGCUGAAGAAGAAGCGGCAGGCGCUGCAGCAGCUGACCACCAGCAGUAGACAGCUGAGUCGCAUCGACGCCAGGGAUCAGAUCAUCAUGAAGCGACGCGGCCUGACGACUGUCUCGGCGGCCACGGCUCGGCGCGGUCGGGGCGCUGCCACACGGGGUGGCGCUCGCGGUGUUACCGCGCGGUUAGGGGCCCGCGGGGCCGCCGCCCGCCGGCCGGCGCCGCCACAGCAGGGAGGCCGGAUCCAGGUGUACCACGACGGGGUGCCGGCGGCGACCCCGGCGCGACUGCGGCGCCCGCUGAACCGCACCCGGCUGACGGGCAGCUCUGUGACUGCCCCAGCCGGCUCCAGUCUACUCACCGUCCAGUUCAAAAACGACAUCGCCGUCCGACCGAUGCGCACAGCGCCGGUGAUGGACGACGACGAGGACAUGGACGACAUGCUGCCGCCGACUCCGCCGCCGCUGCCCCCGCCGCCGCCGCCGCCGUCCCGGACUCGCGGCGGCCUGGACCCGCGCAUACAGCAGGAGAUUGCCGCCAUCCAGGCGCGGGGCCGCUCACAGCACCAGGCGUCGGCCGAGGGCCGGCAAAGUGCCGGUGUGAGCAACUUCCGACCGACAGCAGCGACCAGCAGUCGGACGCUGAACGACCGCUUCACCGCCGACCGCCUCAUCUACUCGUGAGCGGCGCCGACCGACCGACGGACGGACGGCAGACGCGCUCCGACCCAACAGACUGUUUGCAGUGCCAGCCUGAGGGGUUUCUGCCAGGCCUUAUUUAAACCGAACGCUAGGCUUUAGUUUAUGUCAGAACUUCAUGUGGAUAAGACACAAAUCUUGAAUAUUGAUUAGUGCUGUGUGUUCGUUUAGAAGAGCAAUAUGCACUUCUAAAUGCAUUAUAAAAAGUUGAUCUGAGUUAGCGGUGCGUCGAGGCGCGGACAUUGCUUCUCUAGAGCGUCGUUUGUUUUGUGUGAUCUUUCGCCUUGCAUAGCUUCCAUCGAUCACGUGGGGAUGAUUAGCUCUCCUGGAGCACCUUGCAGCAGCUCUUGGCUGCCGAAUCAAAGAACAUUCGACAACAUCUCAUUGUGCAUAGAGCCUGAGUUGGUUGGUUCUGAACCGACGCGUAACCUGUAACGGCGACACUGCGGCGCGGCGCUGACUUACUAAAAUACCAAACAUCGACUAAUGGCUCUGGUUGCGGCCGGAGAGGGUCGGUGAACGGGAGUGUUGCCACAGUGGGGAUGUCGGGUCUGCCUGGCCGUCUCGACUAGAACCCGGCACUGCCACAGCCGCUGCGGUAACCCCAGCGGUAGAGUGGCGGCAACGGGCGGUGGAGUGGAGUGAGUCCGUGCGGACGCGGAGCAGGCUGCUCACAGCGUAUAAUGACGACAGCGGACGGCCGUUGUAGUUGUGUUCAUAAUUUGUGACUAAAUACAUGAUUGUAUUGUU